AUGAGCUGGGCUGCCUGGAGGGAUUCAGAUGUGAUAAAUGUUUACUUCAAAGAUGUUCCUUGCUAUGAGUGUGAGAAGCCUGAAGGAAUCCAUACAGCAUUCAGCAAAAUCCUUGCGACUCUUAAUCAGCCCAGCGCCAACUAUACUCUGAGCUUUGCCAACAAGCUCUAUGGAAACAAGGACAUUGCCUUCAUCCAGAAAUUCGUUUUCUGUGCUCUCAAACUGUACUUGACUGAAGUGGAUGGUGUGGAUUUCCAUAAUGCCCCUGAGGAAGUGAGGAGACUCAUCAACCUUUGGGUUGAAACCCGUACACAUGGUAAAAUCAAGGACCUUCUCCCCAAGGACAGCUUUGAUUGCCUUGUUCAGCUCCUGCUGGUGAAUGCUCUCUUCUUCAAAGGACAAUGGGAAGUGAAAUUUGACAAAGAGCUCACAGAAGAAGCUCCCUUUUAUCCUCAUCAUGCAGAUGAGAAGGAAUGCCACAGCGUGCAGCUGAUGCACAGGAAGGGUGUCUACAAUGCAGGGACAAUUGACCUAUGCAAUGUUCAAGUCCAAGUUGUUGAGAUCCCCUACAAGAACAAUGAAUUGACCUUCGUUCUGCUGCUGCCAGUAGACUGCAGUGCAGAAGCUCUUGAACAGCUGGAAGAUGGACUUAGCCACAAGCAUCUGCUUGACCUGUCCUGUCAUCUGAAGGCCAUUGAGGUGGAUUUGGCCAUUCCCAAGUUCAGCUCAGAGAAGAGCAUUGAAGCCAACGAAUACCUGAAUCUGCCAGAUCUGACUGACCAUGAAAAGGCCGAUUUCUCUGGAGCAACCACAACAGAAGGCGUGGCUCUGACUCAGCUGGUCCAUGAUGCUUCUAUCGAGAUUGAUGAGGAGGGUGGUGAAGAACCAGAGCCAGUCCCUUGCCCCAAGGAUAGGCGUCCACGUCGGGAACCUGUGGAGAUUCGGGCUGACCAUCCUUUCCUCUAUUUCAUCGUGCACAAUUGCACCCAGAGCAUCAUUGCUCUCGGUAGAUUUGCUAAGCCAGAAUAA